GGUCAAAUAAGUCAUGAGCCCUUACCAAACACAUUCUAAAAUAAUAAAGGGGCUUUUUCAAAAUUUCAAGAAGAUGAGGGGCUGUUUUGAUUACACCCUGAGCCUCAAGGACACAUUUACAAUUUUCGGCGUCCAACUCCAUAUAUAUCACUGCAAAACCCUAAUCCUACAGAGUCACAGUCAGGGCAGCAGACCGAACGAGCACCGUGAGAAUUUCCGUUUCGUCUCCGCCGCACAGAAAGGGAAAAAUGUCUGCCGGAGAGCUUGCUUGCACCUACGCCUCUUUGAUCCUCCACGACGAUGGCAUCGCCGUCACUGCGGAGAAAAUCGCUACUCUGGUUAAGGCGGCGAAUUUGAAUGUGGAGUCGUACUGGCCGAGCCUAUUUGCCAAGCUCUGCGAAAAGAAGAACAUCGAGGAUCUCAUCGUGAACGUGGGAUCCGGCGGUGGCGCCGCCGUCUCUGUGGCUGCUCCGGCAGGCGCUUCGGCUGGCGCAGCUGGCGCAGCUGCUCCCGCCGCCGAGGAGAAGAAGGAGGAGCCAAAGGAGGAGAGUGAUGAUGACAUGGGAUUCAGUUUGUUUGAUUAGGGGAGCCAUUUUCAGCUUAUAUUAUGUUUGAAAUUUGCAGUUUUGGUUCUUGGACUAGUUUAGCUGGUUACAGGGUUUUUUGUUUUUAUCAUGCCCAAGGAUUAUUGUGAUUUGUACCACAGAGCUGAAGGGCUUUUUGCUGCAUUUCGCAGUACUAUUUGGUUUUCUUAUUAAUGUUCGAAUUCUUGAUUUGUUGGAAAAUUGGUUUAUUUCAUAUUUCGUUGUGGUUUAUCAUCUGAAUGUUAUUUGAAUUUACCUGCUCUUUGUGUGUGCAAUCCUUUUGUGGAAAUUUU